GAACCCGCACGACAGCGCGUUACCUAUUGGUUGUGUACAGACCAUGGUACAGACAUGGCCGCUCUCAGUAAAAUACCGCACAGCUGCUAUGAGAUCGGUCAUACUUGGAACCCGUCGUGUGUGCAGUCGGCUGUGGAUGUAGCCAGGGGUGCUCUGGAGGUCUCCUUUAAAAUCUACGCCCCUCUUUACCUGAUAGCAGCAGUUCUAAGGAGAAGGAAGAAGGAUUACUAUUUAAAAAAGCUUCUCCCAGAGAUCCUGUGGUCUACUUCUUUCCUCGCUACCAAUGGAAGUCUUUACAUUGUUUUCUUCUGCAUUCUCAGGAAACUGUUUGGAGGGUUCUACUCCUGGUCUGCCGGGUUUGGCUCAGCACUGCCUGCCUCCUAUAUUGCCAUCCUCCUGGAGCGCAAGAGCAGGAGAGGGCUGCUGACAAUAUACAUGGCAAAUCUUGCCACUGAGACUUUGUUCCGUAUGGCAGUGACACGAGGCAUCAUCAAACCCAUCACACACGGCGAGGUGCUCUUGUUCUGCAUAACCGCAUCGCUCUACACGUUCUUCUUCAGGAGUAAAGAUGGUCUCAAAGGCUUUGCAUUCUCUGCAUUAAAGUUCAUCAUCGGAAAAGAAGAGAUUCCAUCUCACUCUGUUGUGGCAGAACAGAUCUGCACGAGACCCCUUGAGAGGACAUCUUCUACAGAGCCAGAGGAUUCACAGGCGUCGGCACAAGGGCCCAGCUCCAGUAGGAAAACUCUGGUAGCCCACACAAAGGAACUGCUAGAGUCAAUAUGCAAAAAGGGUCCAAGGCACAGAUGUUGUAAACAUUACCAAGACAACUGCAUUUCCUACUGUGUGAAAGGUUUCGUCAGGAUGUUCAGUGUUGGCUACCUGAUUCAGUGUUGUCUUAAAGUGCCUUCAGCUUUCAGGCACAUGUUUACGAAACCCUCACGGCUCCCCGCUCUCUUCUACAACAAGGAGAACUUCCAACUCGGAGCCUUUCUUGGAUCUUUUGUCAGUAUCUACAAGGGAACAAGCUGCUUUCUGCGCUGGCUGCGCAACAUUGAUGAUGAACUCCAUGCACUGAUAGCUGGCUUCCUGGCUGGUAUUUCGAUGUUCUUCUACAAAAGCACGACAAUAUCCAUGUAUCUCUUCUCGAAGCUGGUGGAGACCAUAUACUUCAAAGGCAUUGAGGCCGGACGGUUCCCUUACUUUCCUCAUGCAGACACGGUCAUAUAUGCCAUCUCCACCGCUAUCUGUUUCCAAGCUGCUGUGAUGGAAGUGCAGAACCUCAGGCCUACAUACUGGAAGUUCCUGCUGCGUUUAACUAAGGGCAGGUUUGCUCUGAUGAACCGACAGUUGCUCGAUGUUUUUGGGACUCAAGCCUCCAGGGACUUUAAAGGCUUUGUGCCCAAACUGGACCCUCGUUACACCACAGUGCUACCACCAGGAGUCGACAUCCAACUCGGUUGACUUGGGACCAGGCUGUGGGAGAGGCUUUUAGGGUUACCUCAACAAGAAAUGGACAGUUUGGCUGUUAUUUCUGAAUAACUUAAGGAUUUGUUAGAGAUGUUAUAACAGCUCAGAAGUGUUGUUGUUGUGUUAUGAGAUGGGAUAAAGCCUGAGAUCUGUCCAAAGCAAGGCAUCAUGAGUGUCAAGUUUGGUGCUGCACAAGCACAUUUACUGACUGGGAUUGUAUGAAAACAGGUAAUUUGUAAAAUAAAUGAAACACAUUUUACAUAUAUUAAUAGAAGUUUUAAUAAAACUUUUAACAGCACACUAUAAGACUAAUGAGAAGAAAUCCGUCUAAAUGAUUUAUAUAUUAUUGUCAAAUUGACCAUUUGCAUUUGGCUGGGUGACAUUAACCUGUUCUGUAAGGUAUGGGUGGGAGUAGUAAAGUAGAUCACCUUAUAGGGUUAGUUCACUCAAAUCACAAAUGGACCCAAAAAUUGUUUUUUUGGAAAAUAAAAAUUAUUUCACUUUGGCUGCAACAUCAUUCAUUUUAUCCUUUAAUUGUACAGUUUCUUAAUUUUGCAAGUUACCUGUAGGUUUGUGCUGACUGAACUCGGUUUGGUUGUUUGGUUGCUUUCACGACAGAGGGUAAAACUCACUAACUUUGAAAUAGGCACGGUGAUACCUGAUUUUGGAUCUGAUUUAAGAGGACAACGAAUUUUUGAUCAUUACUCCCUGAUCAUUUCUGAAUGUGUUCUUUUUUAUUGGGUACAACUGAUGAUAUAUUUAAUUAUGUAGCAUUAUUAAAUAUUGUAUUGACAAUGGGAGAUGCAUUUAUAUUGUGGUCUAUUAUGUGAAACACAGAGGUGGAAAGUCACCAUUUUGAACCAGUUACAUUUAUUUAGUUUUAGUUGAUUUUUGUAUGCAAUUCCAAAUCUCAUACUAGUUUCUUUGUUUUUAAAACUACACUUGACAAUAAUGAUUGCAAUGGAGUGAGCCCCCAUAUAGAUAAUGGGUUAAAGGAAGCAUCAAGGACCAUGGCAAAUUUGGAAAUUACUUUUGUGGAUGAAACAUGAAAACAAAAAAAGAUAAUUUACUGUUUAUUAAGUGGUAAAAAUACCAAUAAUGUUACCUUGAAGACAUAAAUCAGGAGUAAAUGGCUAAGGAAAUGUUUGUUUACUAGUAAAUCACACUGAAAUUACUAUGUUUACUUACACAAGAAAUCAGGUUACUGGGUGUAAUCAUGUUGAGACAUUAAAUCAGAGAAUGCAUUUACAAUACAUGCAGAGCACUAACCUGAUAAUCACAUUUUUCCAUGCUGUAUUUUAGAUGAGAUGGUAUAUUUUAAGUGUAUUAAAAAGUUAAUGUAUAAGAAACAUAUAGUCAUAUAUUAAGCUACAGUUUAAGAGAUUAUUUGGUCAGAGGUUUCUGUUUUUCCGUAUUGUGUGCAUAUGUCUGAAUGUUUGACUUCCUUUUAACUGCAAACUCAUUUAGACUUGAUUAUUUUAGUUCAGGAAUUAGUAUGACUUUAAAUAUUUUGGUUACAUUGAUGUACAGCUACAAGUAAUGAUUCAUUACUUCCACCACCCUGCUGUCACAGUGAUACUUGACUAGUCCUUAAAGUCUGGCACAUGGUUGCAAUCAGAUAACUGGUGUCUCUUCCACCUCUGGUUUCAGCAAAAUACAUACAGUAUGUGCCCCUUUAUUUAAUGCAGAAACUGUUUAAAUGUCAUAAAGGGUUUGAUCAGAGAAUGGGCUUCUAAGUUUAGAAACUGCCUCUAGUUUAGAAAUGUAUUUACAUGAGCCAAGACUUUGUAAUAUGAUGAAUUGCGAUGCAAGGGAGACUAAAUUUGCAGAUCCAUAUAAUUCCAAGUCUGCUUUUAAUAACCAUUUGCAAAUUAUUCAAAGUUCUGAACCACAAAAUAUAUUGCUCAAAACGUCAUUGCCACAGUCAACCUGAUCCAUCUUUUUUAUUUUAUUCUCUGGAGGUGUUUGGGUUAGAAAAGACUGAUCUAUAUGAGUAAAUACAUAAUAUUUACUAAUACAGGCCAAACCCAGUUCAAAUUAAUUAUUUGGUUUCACAUGAGCUCAUACAAUUAAAAAAAAAAUAGGUUGGCUGUUUGCAUUUUAAUUAAUACUCACUGUCAGUACCAAGGUGAACCCUAUUGAUUGAAACAUUGCUUGCUGAGGAAUUUGGUGCCACAUUGAAGCAUUUCCCUGAAGGUGACAAAGAAUCUGUUUAUGUCAAUAAAAAGCACACCGCUCAA